AUGGCUCGUUAUUUAAUUCUGCUUGGACUUUUAAAUCUCGUUCAUCUUAGCGAAAUAUGCAAGACAUUGUAAGUAAGCACCAAUCUCAAAAAGGCAUAAGAUGAUAUCAUUUCCUUAGGUGUGACAUCAAAAUAAUGGAGCAGAAAAGCAAAAAAUCCAAUUAUUGUACCUGCUUCUCAACACGUGGAUUAUAUAUAUAUCACUAGUGACAAUCCCAAUUUAGCAAUCGAGAAUUUCUAAUUAAAUUUCGAUGAUCAUUACUAUGCAGAUUCUUCAAUAAGAUUAGAUCAUAGACCUAAUGGAAAACAUACAGAAUAUGCUAUAGAAAUCAAUUAUAAAUGUAAGGAAUAUGGAGGAACUCUUAUUAAUUACGAGAUGCAAUUUCAAGUACCUUCAUGCGGAGAUGCCUAAAUAUUUUGGAAGAAAUUCUGUGGCAAUCCUCUGACUUUAAGAGAAGGGUUUAGUGUGGAUAUGGUCUAUAAAAACUACAGACAAGAGAUUAUUAAAAAUUCAGAAAUCAUAAAUGCUUCUUACUUUGAUUCUGAUUUAGACAAUUACGUGUUCAAUGUUUCCAGAGACAUAAACGUAAUAAAAUUUAUCCUUUAAAUGAAAACUGAAGUGUCAUCUACAGAUCAAAUCCCUGAAGAAUUUGUUACAGAUGUAGCAACACUGAAAAAAAUACCAGAGGUCAAUCUGACACAGCCAUAUGUGGAUGUGGAGAUGGAAAACGUGACUAAAUCAUGGUUCGAGGGAGAACUCUCAAAUGGUGGGCUGAUUACAAAUAAAGAAAGCGAGCUAACCUUGAAUUUUAAGUGUGUUGGAUUAGGAACAUCUAAAAUUGAGAUUACCUUCCCAUUUCAAUAUUUUAAGGACAUCACAUUGGUAAUUGUAAAGGAUUGCAAUUAUGCUUUCAAAGUAUAAAAUGUGAUAAAUGCUAAAUACUAAGAGGGUGACACCAAAACCUUUGCGGUUUAUUUUGUGAUAUUCAUAGUAGUGUUUGGUUUGAUCAUAAACUUGUGUAUAGGAAGAAAGAAGGGCUUGGCCAAUAUUCCUUUCUUCACUACGUUGAUUAGUUUGCUUCUAUGCAUCACCUGUCAAUAAAAAACAUGUGUGGGCAGGAGCAUUAGAAAAUGCUUUGGUUUGACUGGAGAAUCCUUUUUGCCUUCUGAGGAACCAGAUGAAACCUUUUCUUCUGGUCAAAAGUAGUUUUAUGGUUCUAUAUGAAAAUAAUUAUAAAUGUUAUUCAUUAAUUUAA